UCUCUCCGCCCCUGGUUUCUCCAACAACGUUUGCUCGCCAAGUCCAAACCCAUCGUCUAUUCCAUCAGCCAUCACUCUAUAGUCUCGAUCCUGCAACAUCAUCACUUCACUCAUCCUCAGCCAAGCCAGAUAAAAAGCAAACCUUGAAUUCCAGUCUUCACCUCUGUUUCAAGCGCUUACUGUCGUUUCUUCCCUCCAGUUCUUUGAUCCCGAGCUCCAAUCUUUCUCGUUGUAAUUCCACCGAACGCAAGGAGUGCGACCAUGAGGACCAAGAAGCACGGCCACAACCGGUUCGUGAGGAUCAUCACCAUCCCUCUCAGAGCCCUGACCAAGGCGCGCGACCUGUACGUCCGGGGCUUGAACUACGCGGACAGAGUCCACGGCGGCGUCGGGUGCCCAGCUGGGCAGUUCUCCGCCAUGCCCCGGAGCUUCAGCGUGAGUUCGUCCAGGCCGUCCAGCGAGGCCGACGAUCUCGGGGAGCUGAUACGUGCCGCCUCCGCUAGGAGCUUCGGGAGCAAGAUCGACGUGGACGCGAUCCUCCGGCAGCAGCAGCGGCAUCUGAAGCAGCGGCCGUCGUCGGACUGGGGUCCCGAGGUGUUGCCCAAGAGUUGCAGCGUCGCGAUGGGCCGGAUCGACGAGGAGGAGGAGCCCCGUGAGUUCGGAGACGACGAUGGGGUUGGCGCGAAGAAGGUCGAUUUACUGUUUCCGAGAAGCAGAAGCUAUGCUGUCGGAAACAGAAAUUACGUGCAUUGAUGAUCAUGGGAAGAACCAGAAAAACGAACGAAAAGAAAAAAGAGAUGACUUCGUUGUUCGAUCUCGAUCUGCAUAAUUGUUCCCAGGUGGGUUCUCGAGUGUGCUGGAUAUAAAUCGAUGAGCCUUUUCUUGGAGUCCGUGUACAAAGGCCCUUACUUUUUCUUGUAAUCUUUA